AUGCAGAAGUCAGAAUUUGAAGCAGUUAAAAAAAAUCAGGAUUUGAAUUUUAGAAAAGUAAGAGUACUAGAGAGUCGUGGUCAUAAGCCAUUGUAUCCAUCUUUAGAGCAGGAAUUACUAAAAUAUGUUCAAGAAAAACAUGGAGAAGGGCUUUCUGUUACAACUAGUAUGAUCGAAAAUAAGGCAAAAGAAAUAGCUAAAUCUCAAGAACUUGGAGAUAUUAAAGCCUCACGUGGUUGGAUUAAAUGGUUUAAAAGAAGAAAUAAUUUAGUACAACAUUGUCAAACUCAAGUAGCUUAA